AUGGAUACAAUGGAUGGUGGAUGGACGGCAAUACAAAAACGAGUGGAUGGAUCCCUAAGCUUUGACAGGACGUGGACUGAAUAUAAGAAUGGAUUUGGUGACCCGGAACAGAAUAUCUGGAUCGGAAAUGACAUAAUCCAUCAAUUAACAAAGGGAAACAACUCAUCCCUCUAUGUUUCCAUCAUGCUUGUGAACGGUAGCAGACUAUAUGAGCUGUACGAUCAGUUCUCAGUUUCCCAUGAAGCAGAAAAGUAUCAACUGUAUCUUGCUGGGAACGCUGAGGGGACUUUAGGUGAUGGUAUGUUUAACACUGGCUAUUAUAAUAUUAAUCAGCUGUCAGGGAUGUACUUUUCCACCCUAGACAGGGACAACGACAGGAAUACAAAAAUUAACUGUGCCGUUAAGUAUAAAGGAGGCUGGUGGUUUAACGCUUGUUACACUGCCUUCCUUAAUGGUGCCUGGCCCCCGGAUUAUUGGACCAAUCCUUGGUAUCCUACAGUUAAAACUGGAUUAUCAGUGAAGGAGACGAAAAUGAUGAUCCGACGUCAAUAG